AUGGUUCAAAUAGGUAUGCUACAGGGGGGCGUUCGGUGGGGGGCGGCGGGGGCCGUGUGGGAGGGGGGGGGCGCGGGUGCUGGUCAGGCGGGGAGGGAGGCGGGAGAGGAGGGGGUGGAUUGGGGGAUGAAGGGCGUGGGAACGAAGUGCCCGGGGGGGGGGGGGGGAGGGCCACGGAGGGGGGCGGGGGUCGGCCCAGGUGGGCGGCGGGUGGGGGGGGCGGAAGGGUGUGGAGGGGGCGGGGGUCGGGUUUGGGGACAGCCCGCCGUCGAGAGAUGCUCUGGACGGAGAAACCCGGGCCCGGAUGCGGGGGGGGGGGGAGAGGGCGUUGGGGGUGGGGGUGGGGCGGGGGGGCUUGGGGGGGGCAGGGCCUGGAGGGGUCGGGGUGAGGCGGAGGGGGGAGGGACGGGAUUGGGCACGGGGGCGGCGGGACCGGCGCCCAUGAGUGGGGGGCGGGCGCCGGGGCGGAAGGCACCGGGGGGGGGCCUGGGGUGGGGGGACACAGGGUCACCGCGAGGGGGUGGAGUGGGAGGACGGCAGAAUGAGGCCGGGGAGCUGGGAGGGGGGGGGGGUGGAGGGGGGUGGGGGAGUAGCUAUAGGGGGAGCUAA